AUGUGGAGAGUAGUGGUCGCACGAUCGGACGAGAAUAGCACGUUGCUGUCAUCGGAGAUUGGCUCCGGCCCGGUGGGUCCAAAUCACAUUCCUAGCCUCUCUGGUCCACCUUCCGGCCAUCACCAUCAUCACUGGGGCUAUCCACCGCCACCCCAUCCAUCUUAUCAGCCGCAACAUUCCGACGUAUCGCGGCAUCAUCACGAUCCCCGUCCGCCUCAUGACCUUAGGCAUCCGGCCACGGCUACCGCCGAGCUCAGACCUCAAGAGAUCAGACACGAGAUGCACAGGCCUGAUCUGAGGCACCAGUCAGCGGCGGAGAUGCAGCGGCACCAAGCAUCGGAGUUGCACAGGCCAGAAAUGGCGAGGCAUCAUCAGGAUUUGACGGGGAUGAGGCCGGACAUGGCCACGGAAAUUAGAUCUAGUCACGAGUUUCCGGACCUCAAGAUCGACGUCGCGGAUAUUAGGAAUCAGGAGAGCGGGCAACAGCAGCAGCAGCAACAGCAACAACAGCAACAGCAACAAGCGUCGCAACAGGGUCAAGCUCAUCAACAGAGAAGUCUGAAAAGAACUAUGAGCGAUUCCGAUUGCGACGACGUGUUCUCCGAGGAGAGCGGCAAAGAGCCUUGCAAUUCACCGGGAGGCGAUUCUUGUCAGCACGCGUCGCGAAAGCGAAGAAGAGGAAUGAUCGAAAAGAAACGUCGUGACAGAAUAAACGCGUCUCUCGGUGAACUUCGUAGAUUAGUGCCGGCAGCGGCUAGAGAUCCUCAUAGCGGGAAAUUGGAGAAGGCGGAGAUUUUGCAGCUCACCGUCGAACAUUUACGAACGCUUCGAAACAAAGGCCCUGAAGGGUACGACAGUACGAAAUUGGCGAUGGAUUAUCACGCGGUGGGUUGGGGGGAGUGCGCAGCCGAAGUUGGCCGCUACUUGGUCACCAUGGAGGGCCUCGACGAGAGAGAUCCACUGAGGCUGCGAUUGCUCUCCCACCUUCAAAGCUUUCACCGUGAGCAUCAUCCACCGUCGUCCGCCACCGUUCCUCCUCCGGUGACCAGCUUGAGUUCGACCUCGACGAGUACCAACUACGAGACGGGGAGCACAGUUUCCGCUGGAAUGCCACCUGGAGCGGGGACGAUGCCACCCCUUCUGGGUGGAAGCGCUCUCGGAUGGGGCCAGUAUCCAGGACAAUAUCCUCAACAGCAACACGGAAAACCUUACAGACCGUGGGGCGCCGAAUUGGCCUAUUAA